GCAAGGGCUUACAGUAAACCAACAAGCGGAGCCAUGAAGAGAUCUGCCUCGGUUCUCGAAGGGUCCCUCAGAUCGGGUGAUGUUCCUCCAAUGAUGACCAACUCCCGCUCAUCGUUCCCUCCUUGUUGUGUUCACUUUGCCAUGAUUUACCUUGACCGUGAUGGCAAGCUUAAGGUUGAUGAAUCAUCUUCUAUUCAAGAGCAAAACUCCACCGUGUUCACCCCAGAAGUUCGUCAGAACUUCCUCGAGAUUCUAGGUAAACAUAUCGGCUAUGCCUCUGUUUGCCAGACAAUGGACACAGCUCCUCAUCGGGUGAGACGUCGCAAGGGCAACACUCCUGCUCUUCCUGCCUGUGACGACCGCCUGACUGAGCACGACAUUGAUAGCGAGGACGUCCCUAGCGGGUCUACCGAAAUGGUUCCUCUCCGUAUUGGAGACGCCCAAAAGGUCAUGAGUUACUAUGAAGGAGCACUAAAACACUUCCAACAGCUAAACUGCCGCAUGGUUGCCAAGGCAUUCAUCAAAUUCAUCGAGCCUCGCAAGCAGGUCCGACACCCUUACAAUGGUGGCAAGUCACCUCCAGGAUCCGCCCCCGGUACUACUGGUGACCCAGAAAAGACUAAGCCCGAGUGGUGGCCUCCUGGUGUCAUGCACAAGGAGCCUGACCACUUGAGAAAAGAGUACCGCAUUGAGCUCUUGCUUCACAUUAUCCGCAAGCUCGGUUCUUACGGCAUUACUGCCGAUAAGCUUAAGGAUGUUGCUGGUUACACAAAGCGGAGCUUGCAGCACCCAUCCGAUGUCGAGAUCAUCUACGAGAUACUCCGGGUUCGUAAGAUGGAGGAGAGUUUCGAACGAGGUGAAGCCGACGCCAACAUGGUCGUCUACACCAUGAGGCGCGGCCCUAGUCUUAAGGGUGGUGAAGAGGACGACCCCGCCAUCUCAGUGACUACUGAGGAGCCCGAGGACAUCUACCAAGGAUCAAUGAAUCCCAUCCUAUUAUUCGAGCAAGCAUCUACCUCCUUAAACACACCUAUCGAUAAUAUCCCAUCCGCCCGCCAGGACCCCUUCUACUACGCCACACCUCCCCAAUACUCCUAUGCAUCGUCGCAGCCCAUACUCGGCACGCCCGUCACAGCAGAGUUAAUCAGCCCCCACGGCGCGUUGGUCUCAGCUUUCAAAUACUCCGCCCACAACACCUACCCAAUCUCCACUCCAGGAGUAAGCGGUCACUGCAAUACCUGGGCACCAUCUUUCCGCCGUGAGAUCUACAGCACUGUCGACUACGCUACACCGGCAUCUAGUCAGGGUAUGCCCCGGCCGUCAAUGAACUGCCAGAUUCCCAUGGUCUCGCACGUGUAUGACAUACCCCGUCACGAUUCCCAGCUUCCCGGCAUGGACUCCAUUCACCAGAGAUCCCUGUAUUUCCCCAAAGUAUCGCUGGACCGCCUACAGCCUACCGGGAUGCCAUCUCCCACGCCGUCUGAAUGA